AUGUCGCCUCCGCCCCCAAGGUCACCACCAUCCACACAUCUGCCAUCGCCGCCGGGGCACCAUGACCACCAUCAUGUGAGGCGCCCGGUAGCGUUGGCCCCUCCUCCUCUUCCUCCGAAGAGGCAGAGAGACAUCAAUUCCUUGAAGGUGUGGUGGAAUUCGCCGAAUUCUAAGAGGAAGAGGAGGGUGGCGAGGUACAAGCUUUACGCCAUGGAGGGGAAGGUGAAGUCUUCUUUGAAGAAGAGUUGUCGUUGGGUCAAGCAAACUUGCUCGAGAAUCAUCUCUGGCUUCUGA